GCCGCUGCGCUCCGUGAAGCUUAUUCGAGGCAAGAGCCACCGAAGUGCGUGUACACAUCGCGCAUUCGUACGGAAUAGCUCCAACGACGCUAUCAGUAGUCAGGUAACGGCAACCUUGGAAUCCGAACGAUGUCGAAGAGUAAAGUCUGCGUAGUGGGCGCCGGGCCCAGCGGCCUCGUGUGCGCGCGCCAGAUGCUCGACUACGACUUCGACGUGGUGCUGUACGACCGGUCUGCCGACAUCGGAGGUCUCUGGGCAUACAAGGACGAUGACGUCGAGGGACAGGCGUCCGUGAUGCGCACCACCAUCAUCAACUCCAGCAAGGAGAUGAGCGCGUUCAGUGACUUCCCACCGCCCAAGGAACUCGCAAACUACAUGCACAGCGCUAAGAUGCUGGACUACUUCCGGAGUUACGCCGACCAUUUCGGCGUCACCAAGCACGUGAAGACGAGGCACGACGUGGUGCAGGUGACCCCAGCCGCCGACUACGAGGACACGGGUCGCUGGGACGUGCUCGUCCGAGACCUGGAGGCGAACACCGACCGAACGGAGACGUACGACGCCGUGGCCGUGUGCGUGGGACACCACGUGUACCCGAACGUGCCACACUUCAAAGGGCAGGAGAAGUUCCGUGGCCGAAUUGUGCACACGCACAACCUGAGGAACGCCGACAGGUUCCGGGACCGCCGGGUGGUCGUGGUCGGCAUCGGAAACUCGGGACUCGACGCUGUCGAAGACGUCAGUCCCGUGGCACUUGAGACGUACCUGUCCGCGAGGAGAGGAGCCUGGUUGUUGAAACGCGUCGGCCCCAACGGCAUGCCCAUCGACUUGUUCUUUAAUACUCGACUCAAUUCCUACCUGAGGCGCGUCUUGCCGGGCUCAUUGGUCAACGACUACGUGGAAAACAUCUUGAACGGCUUCUUCAACCACGAGGCUUACGGGCUCAAACCCAAGCACCGCUACAGUGCGCAGCACCCCACCGUCAACGACGCGUUGCCGAGCCUCAUUAUCAGCGGGAAGGUUCGUAUCAAGAAGAACAUCGUAGAGUUCACCGAAGACGGUGUGCUCUUCGAAGGUGAUGACAAGGCGACCCCGCUGGACGACGUCGUCCUGGCUACGGGUUACCAGAUCAAAUUUCCUUUCCUGUCGAAGGACAUGGUCUCCGUGGUGGACAACCAUGUGCAUCUGUACAAGUACGUCUUCCCGCCCCAGUUGAAACACCCAAGCCUGGCUGUCAUAGGGCUCAUCCAGACCCUCGGCCCCAUAUUCCCAGCAGCUGAGAUGCAAAGCCGCUGGAUGGCCAAGCUGUUGUCCCAGAAACGCUCGCUCCCCUCGGAGGAAGCCAUGUUAGAGGACAUCCGCAAGAAGCGGGACUCCAUGCGACGUCGCUACACCGCAUCGCCGCGCUACAACAUGGAGGUGGACUGGUUGAGCUACAUGGACGAGCUGGCCAGCCAGAUCGGCGCCCGACCUAACCUCCUCAAGUACUUCUUCACGGACAACGAGCUCUUCCGCGCGCUGCUCGGACCCUGCGUGCCGUACCAGUUCCGGCUCGAAGGUCCGCACCCGUGGUCCGGCGCACGGCAGGCGAUCCUCGACACGAGCUACAGGGUGAUGUACCCGCUCAACGAUCGAUGCGCCUCCUUCGAGAGACAAAAGAAGGGCCCGUCGGCAUUCCUCUACAUCUUCCUUUUCUUCUUCGUGCUAGUCAUUGCAUACGUACUUUCCGGACCACUGCAACAUUCUUGAUAACUUCGACCGUCCUUGUUGAUCUCCUCCCUCAGGACUCAAAAUGCGAAGGUUUAUUCGCUAAGCCCAUUGAUGUGCGUGUCCUAGAAACGGGCGCCAGAGGAAGAUGAUAACCUCUGUUCCGUGUUGAUGUGCUCCAACGGACGAACAAGGCGCGCCUUGCACCAUAAACUCAGCAUACGGUUUAGCCAUGCAUACAAUGCAGUUGCGCUUAUUGCUUGUCGUGAGAUUUACGUAAUUCCAUAUAUUACACAUAGUUUUGUUGAAAAUAAAGUGAUUACAGUUUCCCGGUAACUCGCCGUCGUUUUAAAGAGUGUUUUAGUUCAUACCUGUUCCGUUGAAUAUGCGUGCCCUAGAAAAAUUAAUUGUCGGGCCGGUUGGUCUUGCGUUGCUGAUAAGUAAAAUUAUCGCAACAAUAAAGACGUCUUUGUCUUCCCUUC